AUGGGCGAAAGAAAUAUAAAUAAUGUACCCUUAAGUCAAUCAUUCUCGAAUGUGGAUGCAAAUAAAAGACAACAAUUAUAUAGAGACAAUAUUAGUGCCAGUAGUAUAGAUUUAACACAUAAUAACACCAGUAAUAAUAAUCACAAUGUCAAUAGCAAUAAUAACAGUAACAAAGGGAAUAAUAGUUCAUUCCAUUCAAAAAGUAAAUCUUUGCAUCCUCAUACACAAAACAAACUAUUGAUUCAGCAAACGCAACAACAAAUUCAGCAAUAUCAUAACAUAAAUGAGCAGCAACAAAAGUAUAAUAACCAACUACAUAAUAGCACUGUUCAGUUUAAUAAUAAUAAUACAAUGUCAAAUAGUUUAUAUAUUUCUAAUGGUCCAAGUUCAUUCCCACCAUCUUUAAGAAAGUUUAGACAUAUUAAAUCGAUAAUUGGUAGAAAUUUAGAAUCAUGUAAUAAAUCCCAAGAUCCAGUUUUAUUAACAACAUAUUAUACACUUCAUGCACCACCAAAUGUAAAUAUUAAUCAACUAAACCAGUUAAAUCACAAUCAUUAUUUUGGUGAUGACACAAUAAAUACAACUUCACCAAUAUUUAAUAGUAAUUGGAAUGAUAUGGAAAAUGUAGAAAUUGAAGCACUCGAAAAUAUUUUAAAUAGUGAUGAUGAGAAAGAUCAAGAAGAUAAUAGUGUAAAAUCAAAGGAUAAUAAUGAAAAAACUGAAAUAAAUGGAAAUAACGAUGUAGAAAUUAAUAAUAAAGAUAAUGAGGAAAGUAAUAAUAUAAACAAUAAUAUAGAUGAAGAUGGGGAAUGUUGCAAUGAGGAAAAUGAAGAAAAUAAAGAAAAUGAUAAUGGUGAUGAUGACGAUGAUUUACCAGCUGCAUUUUAUACUAGCGAAGUUAUUUAUGAUUCAAAUAAUCCACUUUGGAACCCAUUUGAUUGUUAUAAACAAUUAUCGGUCGAGAUUUUAGAUUAUUAUUCUUCAUUUAAUAUAUGUGUUUGGGAUAAAGAUAAUGAAGAUAUACCUCCAAUUUUCCAAUCAGAUAUAGAUUUAACUCAAUUGGAAUUUAUUGCUGCAGAAAUUAAACACUUUUCACAAUUAAAUUUACCCUCAAAUACAAUUUUAUUUGAAUUAAAAGAUGGUUUUUAUGUUACUAAAGAAACAAAAAAUAAAAUGAACUCACCAAACUUAAACGAUAUCCAAAAAAUUAUUAAUAACGAAAAAAGAAAAGCAGUUACAGGUACAAAAACAUUAUUUUUAUCAUUAUUACAUAGAAAAUUAGUAAAUAUAGAAAAGCAAAAUCAAUCAAAGAUUAUAGAGAAAAAGAUUGAAGAUAUACUCGAAGAACAAUCUAGCUAUACAGAAAGAUUAAGACAGUUAGAAACCCAAAAAAAUAGAAUCAAAUUAUUAAGAGAGGAAGCAUCAACUCAAAAGCAACUAUUAAAAAAAGAUCAAGAGAAGUUCGAAGAUUUAAAGAAGGAUUUGGUUCCUAAAUCUGUACAAUUAACCAAAGCUGGAAUAUCAUUUUAUCAAUCAUUAAAAGAGUUAAUUAAGAAUAAUGAAAUUUUAAAAAUGGAUUUACACUUGGUGCACAACUUGAAAGUAUCAUGGGAAAAAAAGAAAUGGAAUCUUAUCACUCAAAUUCGAUCAAUCUAUCCAAUUGGGCAAGGUAACAAACUUUUAACUAUCAAUGGACUACCACUACCAAAUUCAGACUAUAAUGGUUAUGACGAAGAGCAAAUUGCCACUGCUUUAGGAUAUGUUUGUCAUAUUUUACAUUUGGCCUCGAAAUACCUUAAUGUUCCACUCAGAUAUCCAAUGACACCAAUGGGUUCAAGAUCAUUUAUCAAGGAUGAAAUAUCUCACCACAGCUCUUCCAAAUUCCCAUUAUACUCAAAAGGUGUCGAAAAACGUAUCUUUGACUAUGCAGUUUUCCUUUUGAAUAAAAACUUAAAGCAAUUACUAAAUAGUCAAGGUUUAUUUGGUAACUUUUACUUAAAAGAAACUUUACCAAAUGUUCAAAUUUUAUUAGGCAAAGGUAAAAUUAGUGAAUUAAAUAAUCCAAACUAUAAUCCAAUAAUUAAAGGUCAACAUCAACAACAAGUUAAUAGUCCUCAUCAACCAAAUAACCCUCAGCAACAACACUAUAACCAACAUCAUAUAAAUGAUUUGCAGCAACAACAUCAUUUAAGCCAUAUCAAUCAUAUUCACCAAUACCAACAACAACAACAACAACAGCAUUUCCAAAACCAACAUCAUUUUAAUAACCCAAGUCAUCAUACUCACCACAAUCACCAUAUUUACCAACACCAAAAUCAUCAUUUACAACAACCACAUUAA